CUUCCAUGCCUGAACUCCUAUGAUAGCUACUGCAGCAAUCAAGUAGCAGCUAAAGCUUUAUUGGAUCACAAGAAACAAGAUCACAGAGUGCAAGAUUUCCUACAGCGCUGCUUAGAGUCUCCUUUUAGUCGCAAACUGGACCUUUGGAAUUUCCUUGACAUCCCGAGAAGCCGUUUGGUUAAAUACCCAUUGCUACUCAGAGAAAUUUUGAGACACACCCCAAAUGAUCAUCCAGAUCAGCAGCACCUUGAAGAAGCUAUAAAUAUAAUUCAGGGCAUCGUGGCUGAAAUCAACGUCAAAACUGGUGAAUCUGAAUGCCGGUAUUACAAGGAGAGACUUAUUUAUCUUGAAGAAGGCCAAAGGGAUUCACUGAUUGAUAAUUCCCGUGUUGUAUGUUGUCAUGGUGAACUGAAGAACAACAGGGGAGUGAAACUGCACGUCUUCCUCUUUGAAGAAGUGUUGGUGAUCACUCGUGCUAUCACCCAUAACGAACAGCUCUGCUACCAGCUGUAUCGGCAGCCAAUUCCCGUGAGGGAACUUGUGCUGGAAGACUUGCAAGAUGGAGAGGUGCGACUGGGUGGAUCCAUACGUGGUGCCUUCAGCAACAAUGAGAGAA